CUCUCUCUCUCUCCCUGCUGUUGCUGAACAGCAGCUCCCACUGGAAUUUGCACAAUCAAAACCAGCUCUCAUCUCAAACAGCAGUGAAUCACAUCACCUGGAGAAGAGGAAUAGCAAAUCGAGCCCAGUAGCCUUGCUGCUUAUGGAGCAUGUGGUACCAAUAGCACCCGCCGGAUGGAAGGACCCAGGUUUGUGUGAGACUUACUCAGCCUCAGACCUGCUGCCCGUGAUGUGAAAGCUGUCACAGGCUUUUAUAGGAGUGUGUGUAUUUAGAGGACGUUUCUACAAAGCGAAUAGCCUGCUGCAACUGAAGGCUGGGAAAGGCUGCUGCUCACUGCUGCUGCUGCAGUAGCUGGUGCAGCAGAAUGAAUGUGUAAAGGGCAGCUGCCCAAGCUGUGCCAGUGAGGCUCCUGUCCUGCUCUGUCUUCAUUAACUGAAGGGAUACAGAGGAAAGCAGAUGCACUAAGCGAGUGCCACCCUGGAUCUAUCACUGUGCACCCUUCAUUGUGGAAAAUGGUCAACAAAGACAUGAAUGGAUUUCCAGUCAAGAAGUGCUCAGCCUUUCAGUUCUUUAAAAAGAGGGUACGGAGGUGGAUUAAAAGCCCGAUGGUCAGCGUGGAAAAGCACCCAAACACUAGCCUCAAAUACCCAGGGCCCACUGUGAUGCACUUACCGCCAGGGGACACGGAGCUGGAGGCCCCGCUAUGCCAGACCUGCCUGGGCGACCACUCCUUCCCCCGGGGUGUCAUGUCACAGGAGACUGAGUCCUGCUCCUGGGAGAGCCAGCCAAGCAGCAAGGUGAAGGAGCCCCAUGGAAGAGGAGAGCCACUUCCCAGGCCUGAGCCUCUGCCCCUCUGGGGUGCCGAUGACGCAGCUUUCAUGAAACAGAGAAGGAUGGGGCUUAAUGAUUUCAUUCAGAAGAUAGCCACCAACUCCUAUGCCUGCAAGCACCCUGAAGUUCAAUCUAUCUUGAAAAUCUCCCAGCCCCAAGAGCCUGAACUUAUGAACGCUAAUCCUUCUCCUCCGCCCAGUCCAUCACAACAGAUAAAUCUCGGUCCAUCAUCCAACCCACAUGCCAAGCCAUCGGACUUUCAUUUCUUAAAAGUUAUUGGAAAAGGAAGCUUUGGAAAGGUUCUUCUUGCACGGCAUAAGGCAGAAGAGCAGUUUUAUGCUGUUAAAGUCCUACAGAAAAAAGCAAUCCUGAAGAAGAAGGAGGAAAAGCACAUCAUGUCAGAGCGCAAUGUUCUGCUGAAAAAUGUGAAACACCCCUUCCUGGUCGGCCUUCACUUCUCCUUCCAAACUGCGGACAAACUGUAUUUUGUCCUGGACUACAUCAAUGGCGGAGAGUUGUUCUACCAUCUCCAGAGGGAGCGUUGCUUCCUGGAACCAAGGGCCCGAUUUUAUGCUGCUGAAAUUGCCAGUGCGCUGGGCUACCUGCACUCCCUGAACAUUGUCUAUCGUGACUUGAAGCCGGAGAAUAUUCUGCUUGAUUCACAGGGGCACAUUGUCUUGACUGACUUUGGACUCUGCAAGGAAAACAUAGAGCACAAUGGCACAACCUCCACCUUCUGUGGCACACCUGAGUACCUUGCUCCUGAAGUUCUUCACAAGCAGCCCUAUGACAGGACUGUGGACUGGUGGUGCCUUGGAGCAGUCUUGUAUGAGAUGCUUUAUGGCCUGCCACCUUUCUACAGCAGAAACACGGCAGAAAUGUAUGAUAACAUCUUGAACAAACCUUUGCAACUGAAGCCAAAUAUUACCAACUCUGCGAGACAUCUCCUGGAAGGCCUUUUGCAGAAAGACAGGACAAAGAGGCUUGGUGCCAAGGAGGACUUUACGGAGAUUAAGAAUCACAUCUUCUUCUCCCCAAUUAACUGGGAUGAUCUCAUUAAUAAGAAGAUUACCCCCCCUUUUAACCCAAAUGUGAGUGGCCCCAGUGACCUGCGGCACUUUGAUCCUGAAUUUACAGAUGAGCCAGUCCCCAACUCUAUUGGCCAGUCUCCAGACAGCAUCCUCAUCACCGCCAGCGUCAAAGAAGCUGCUGAGGCUUUUUUGGGCUUCUCAUAUGCCCCACCUGUGGACUCUUUCUUGUGAACAUUUUUCUUUUCUUUCUUUUAAAAAAAAAAAAAAAUAAUAACUAUUAUUUUUGUUUGGCCUUCUGGUGGAAUUGCCAGUUGACCGGUCACCUUGAAACAGAAUUUGCACAUUUCCACCAUGGCAGCUUUGCAGCCUUAAUUUCAACUACACUGUUUGCUGGAAGCUUUUCUGAAGAGCACAUCACUCUCUGAAUGAGCUUUGCAGGCUUUUCAUUUCCAUUUUUUUUCUUCCCCCCAAGUGGUGCUGUCUCCUUGGGAAAGAAAAACAAAAGUGACUGCUGCGAUAGACUGCUAUGGCAGAUUGUAGAGUAAGAAUGAGCAGUUCUGAAAUCGAGCUCCGAAAAGCCUUGCCUGAAGAUCUUUCCGAACGUGAUAAGGAUUUUAUGAAAUGUGCCUUUUUCUGAUGAGAUCUUGUUAGCUCCAAAGCUUUCCCUGUUGCAGAGUGUGUUUCUCAGUUCAUUUAUGUGGGUUUACUAUGUGAACAAAUGGUAUGCGUGUGGUCUGCGUACUACAGAUGGACUUAGUGUAAUGCAUCAAUGUGACACUUGCAGGAUACCACAAUGUGGGGCAUUGUUUGUUUCUUCCAUAUUUGGAAGAUAAAUUAAGUGUAAUUUUGAAAUUUUUUUUGUAAAUCUAUACAGUCAACUGAAAUUAUUGAAAUGGGCUCUCAAUUACUUGUAUCCAAAUGCUUGAAGAAAGCAUUGCUGCUAUGAAAAGAUUUCUAUUUUUAGAAAGGGUUUUUAUGGACCAAAAUGCCCCAGCUGCAGUCGGUCGAAGCUGUUGGUUUCUUUCUUUCUUUCUUAUUUUUUUUCUUUGUUUAAAAAAUGUCAUCUGUAAAAUGGGCAUUAUUUAUGGUUUUGGGUUUUGGGGGUUUUUCAUUCCUGGUUGUACGUAUUGUAAAAAAGAUCUGUACAUUCAGUUGUAACUCUAGAUGUAUAUUUAAACUUAAAGACUUAACUUGUAAUGUAUACCAUCAUUGUAAUGUAAUAUAAUUAACAUGGUUAUAUGUAUCAUAUUUUUUGUGACCAAACCCAUUGGUUUGCAGUAAAAUCUUGAAAAAAUA